AGAUGACAUCACACUCAAUUUGCUCUAUCAGAUCAAAGGAAACUGAUCAAAGGAGCAAAAUACAUCUUCUCAAAAGUCCAUAAAUAGGACCCGAGUGUGCUCUCAGUAUGUCUCAGAACUGUGCGACUGUUUAGAAACACACCACGAGCCAACUUUUAGGAAAAAGAUUUGAAACGUUCAGCAACGAACGCAAGUCCAAACCCUGAUCGAAUAGAAGAAACUUCAUUCUACAUUGUAAGAGCAAAGACAAGAAGUAUGCAGCAAAACGUUGAUCCCCAGGAAGGAACCUCAUCGGCCGCUGUCCGCCCUAACACUAAAGCGAAGCAGCCAAACCCAAACCCAAGAGGGAAAAACCAGGCACCAAAUGAGGUGACUCCAUCUGCCAAACCAAAGGGUGAAAAUAAGAAUAAAAAGCAAAAAAAUGCAAACCCAAACCCCAGCGCCAGAAACCCUGGACCCAAUCGAGGGCUUUGGCCACAUCAGCCCAAUGCCCACUUUAAACCCAAUAAUGGGCAUGGGCAGCAUUGGUACAAUCCACAUUUACCCAAUAAUGGGCAUGGGCAGCAUUGGUACAAUCCACAUUUUUUACCGAACCAAGGGCCUGUGCAUCACCAGCCUGACCUUAGAACCAAUGGUGGACCAUCUCAACAACAGCCUAAUCCUCACUUUAUACCAAAUGAUGGCAGACGUCCAUAUAGUGAGACUGAUGAAAUAGCUGCACUGAGAUUCCACCUGAAGGAGGCUCGGCACAUGUGGAAAACCAAUCUUUACAAAAUGUCAGCUGCACACCACAGAGCUACUGCGGCUAAGACACAGAAUGAUUGGCUUCACAUGCAGCUAAAGUGCUGCAGAGAAAAUGCUGAAAAAACCAUUCUUGAGCUCCAAAAACAACUGGAACAGGCUCGCAGAAACAGACCCGAGGAGAACUCCACCCCUGAGGUGAGUGAGGCUCCUGUUCAAGACAGCAACACAGCUGUCACAGCUGCAGAGCUGAGUGUGGACGCUUCAACACAAACUACAGAAGCUCCACACACAGACUCUACAGAGGUGAAAACUGUUCGAGAAGCUGAGUUGGAGGUCCAGUGUAAAAAACAGCAGGAAGAGAUCGAACAACUCCGCGAGCAGCUCCUCAAAACACAGAAAAAUCUAGAAGAGGAAGUUGCAAAACGUAAAGAACAGGAAGAAAGAGCCUCCUGUGAGUUUGUCAAGCUCAAAGCCAAACUCUUCGUCAGUGAGGCUCUUCAUGACAAAAAUGAUUUGGAGGUGCAAAACUUAAAAGACGAGCUGGAGAAAACCAAAGCUUUCUACCUGGAAAUCGUAACGAGGAAAAACCAGGAGAACGCAACAAUCCAAAAACAACUCAGGCAAACAGAAGAUGAAAAGAACAUACUUCAGGAGUCUUUGCAGUCUCUGCAGGAGACAAGAAAAAAGGAGGUAACUGAGUACAACGUUGCCAAGCAAGAUCAUUCUCCAGCCCAAAAAGAGACAAUGCAGUCAAGUUCCGACAAAGAGGCCACUGUUAACAAAGCAGAAAAUUCUCCAGCCCAAGUCGAGACACUCCAGGAGAAUAAGCAAGAAAAGGAGGAGACCAGUGCUGCCAAACCAGUGCUGCCAGAAGGAAAACCAAAAAAGAAAAAGAAGCGCAACUGGUUUCUGAGACUAUUCACUUAAGUGACUUCAACUCUGUCUCCUAUAAAAUCACAGUAAUAUACAACUAAAUAUUAACAGUUACUUCAAGUCCCUAAACAUCCAUUUUAAAGCUUAUUUGCUUUAAUAUUUAGUUGUGUAUAAAUUUGUCAUCGGCUCCACCCAACCGGUCGCGGCAGAUGGCCGCCCCUCCCUGAGCCUGGUUCUGCCGGAGGUUUCUACCUUUUUAAAG